UGAAUUGGGGUUACCACAGACAGGGUUACGGCCAGGCUGGGUUCAGUGCAGCAAUAAAUGGAGAAGGAGAUCGUCUCUACGUAGGGGCUCCUGGAAGUUACUACUGGCAAGGCCAAAUGUAUUCGAUUGAUGCUCACGCCACCUUUAACUAUACCCCUGGAUAUUUUGGAAGUCCAGGCUAUGGAGCCAAAGGUUCCGUACACCAACAGAGUUUGGAGAAUCGGCCAGCAGUAUUCUCAACAAGAGAGGGGAAAGAGCCCGAUGAUGAUUCCUACUUAGGGUAUUCUACUGUAGUUGGCCAUUUCAAGCAAUAUGAACAGUAUGAAGGAAUUGCUGUUGGAAUGCCAAGGGGCAAUAAACUGAGAGGAAAGGUUCUGCUCUUCACGUGGGAUUUGAAAAACUUCAAAAAUAUAACAAUCAGCAAACAAAUAGGAUCAUAUUUCGGAUAUGCCCUGGCAGCUGCCGACAUUGACGGCGAUAAGAACUUAGAUCUCAUCGUGGGAGCUCCGAUGCACACAGAACCCAACACCGAAGGAAAAUAUGACGUUGGAAGAGUUUACGUCUUCUACCAGACAAACAGUUCCGAAAAAAGUUUCACCUCGCAUCACUUCAUCGAUGGAAUGAACUCCAAGGGGAGAUUUGGACUGUCGUUAGCCUCACUAGGAGAUAUGAAUCAAGACGGAUAUGAUGAUUUUGCAGUUGGUGCCCCAUAUGAUGGUCCUCACGGCCGCGGAGCAGUUUACAUCUAUUAUGGAUCAAAAAACGGAAUCAGAGAAAAACACGGCCAGGUUAUCUUCGCCGAGGAAAUUCAAAGUACUAUAGGUAGCCUUACUACAUUCGGAUUUUCAUUGACAGGAGGAAUGGAUUUAGAUGGUAAUGAGUAUCCAGACAUGGCUGUGGGAGCUUAUCUUUCUGAAACCGCAUUCUUUUUCAGAUCAAGACCAGUAGUUUUGAUAGAUGGUUCCGUAAAAUUUGAAACACCCAAUAAACAAAUAGACAUCAAAAAGAAGAACUGCAAGCUACCAAAUGGACUGGAAGGUACUUGUACCGAUAUUGAAUUCUGUAUAAGGUAUAGUGGAAAAGGAAUUCCCGACCAACUCUAUCUCACUGUACAAUACAUCCUAGAUAACAAAAAACCCAGUGCACCAAGGAUGGGGUUCCUGACCCGUGGUACCCAUACAUUCAAUGACACGAUGCUGUUAUAUAAAGAUAAUAGGGACAAUUGCAAAACUGAGAGAGUUUAUGUUAAAAGUGAAAUCAAAGACAAGUUGACUCCUUUAGAAGCGGAAAUAAGGUUUUUCAUGUUGGACGACACAUCUACAAAUUAUAUACGAAACCCUCAGUCUCAACUGAAACCAGUAUUGGAUUUGAACAAUCCCCCCUCGAUGCACGAUUCAAUUGUCGUACAGAAAAAUUGUGGAGCUGAUAACAUCUGCGUGCCAAAUCUUCAUGUCAACGUCACAUCGAAUGUGGAAAAAUAUCUCCUUGGUUCCAAGAGAAACUUAGAAUUUGAUGUUAUUGUCUCCAAUUUCGGCGAGGACGCAUUCGAAACGACCUUUGAGUUGAAGUAUCCAGAAGGAAUAUAUUACAAGAAAAUCGAUACUAAGGCCAACGUACCUGGAAUAUUGUGUAGCAAUGAAAAUAGAACUAUUAUUUGCGAUAUUGGCAAUCCUUUGCCAGCUGGACGGAUUUGAAUCGUAUCCUGCAACCGUCUAUUAUAAUGAAUCAUCAUACGCAAGUACUGCUCAGGAAAUAAAGAGGGAGAGUGACAUAGGACCUGUAGUCACCCACGUAUAUUAUUUGAGCAACCAAGGACCAGCCACGAUACAAGAAGCUGAAAUUUUUGUUUUGUGGCCUCUCACCACACUUGGAGGAGAUGAUCUCCUCUAUCUUCUAGAUAAGCCCCAUACCCGUGGCAACGUCGUCUGUGAUGCAGCUCCUAAUAACUAUAAACAUUACGAGCUGGAUUAUCAUCGAACUCCUAUUUGGGACAGACUGAAGAUUGAUACGUCAAGUAUUGAACAGACAAGUUCCCAGCAAACCUCGCAAGGCAAAAUAACCGAAACUGGUGGGGGUGUCUCAAGUGGGGUGGGGGUUGUUAAUAAAAAUACCAACAUCGAAAAAGAAAUCAAAGGGAGCGGAGGAGAUUCAUCUUUGGUCUUUGAAAAACGCUAUAACGAAAGUCAGGUCAAUAGUUGGGGAACUCUCAAUCCAAAUGGACUUUAUGAGUACAGAGAAUCUCGAUAUUCUACGACGAUGGUAAAUGGUGUACCGGUUACCAGGUGGGAAAAUAAAACCACCAUCAGAGAUGCCAAAGGAAAUAUUCUGAAUACUUAUUAUUUCAACGACAACACUGAUGAAACGGCGGGAGGCGGUGCGUCAAAAGCUCAUGGAAAAACACAAAAUGAAAUCUCUUCGGAAGGAACUCAAAAAUUCACCAUACACGGAGGAACUGGUGGAGGAGAUUAUUCUUCUUCCUCUUCCUUCGAAAAUCUCCACAACAAUAGUCAAGGCAACAGUUGGGGAACUUUGAAACCUAACGGAUUAUACGAAUAUACCGAGGCUAAAUAUUACACAACAAUGGUCAAUGGUAUACCAGUCACGAAAUGGGAAAAUAAGACUACCAUCAGAGAUGCCAAAGGGAAUAUCGUAAACACAGUCUAUCAAACCGAUAAUACCGAUCAACUGGCGGCUUCUGGGGCCAGAUCGCAAGAAGAAUUGAGAAUACAAGGUGUAAAUUCAGAACAAGAGAAUUACAGGCUGAUGGAAGAACGCAGAAAACAAGAACAAAUUCGAAUAGAUGAACAAAGGAGACUGGAAGAGAAGAGACGUGAAAAUGAACGUAUCAGAAUGGAAGAACAGAGAAGAGAGGAGCAGAGAAGACUGGAGGAACGUAGACGAAUUGAGGAGCAGAGAAGAAUUGAGGAGAGUCGAAGGCUAGAGGAGAAGAGAAGACAAGAAGCCCUAAGGAGGCAGGAAAUGGAAAGACGGCAAGAAGAACAGCGGAGACAAGAAGAACAACGGAGACAAGAAGAACAACGGAGACAAGAAGAACAACGGAAACAAUUAGCAGAUUAUGAAGCAAGGUACGGAACCAGAUACCAAUCAGGGGGAGAAAAUCUGAAUUUCAGAACGGAAGAAGAGAGGAGACGGUAUUAUGAGGAACUGCGAAAACAAGAAAGUCGAAGGCAAGGUUCCAUCGGAAGUUACGAAGGUUUCAAUAUUGGAACGCAAGACAGUUUAGGAGGAAUCAAUAGAGGACAGCAACAAACCACAGUCGAUAGAAACCGAGUACUUACUGGAUACUUUGACGAGAAUGGUGUCUAUCGUGAUAUACCAAGAAACCCCAAAGGACACCUCAUUUAUAAUAGAACGGAUACCGUCGAAACAUCCAUCCCAAUUGACUUACCCGGAGGUUCUCAAAACUUCCGUAAUAACCUAGAAGAAACAGCUCUAGGAUCAGGGUUUACAGUACAAACCUUAGGGGUUGGUGGAGAAGGAAGUGAAAGCAGCCUAAUAGGUUCAGUUUCGGGAACCGAUAGACGACAGGGGGGAUUUCAAAGUCAGUCUGGAAGUCAGUAUUUCAGAGCGGGAGGAUCUGCUUCUGCUGGAGAAACUGGACAGAAUUAUCGUGGACAGGCAGCUUCUGGAAAAUCUGGUAGUUUCAGGACUGAAUGGACUGCAGAUGGAGGUUACUCUGAAACUGGAACAAUUCCUCCAACUUUCUUCCACAAUAAGGUCGAAGUAGAUAAUAUUCCUGUUGGCACACGAAAUGAUCGGGUAUCUAGAUCUAGAGAGAAAAGAAUGAUUCAAAGAGAUCCGUACCAGGAGAUACAAGCAAUGGCUAAGUGCAAUUCCACUAAUUGUGUAUAUAUAAGAUGUGUGGUAGCAGAUCUCGAAAAGGAUAAGGAGGUUGUGAUAGCAUUGAGGUCUCGGUUAAAUGUCAGAGCGAUUAGAGAGCUUACAUCCAAUCAGGCUGUUAAAGUAUCUUCGAUGGUAAUUGGAAAAAUCACGAAAUUACCCUAUCUUGGAAACGUGAGAGAACAAAUAUCGAAAAAACACGAAAUAUUCACAGACAUUCCUGGCAAAGAAGCUGAGUUAGUUCCUGAAGUAGUGCCAUUGUGGGUAUAUAUCGUGUCAUCGGUGGCUGGUAUCAUUAUGCUGCUCCUUUUGAUAUGGAUACUCAGUAAGUGUGGAUUCUUCAAAAGAAAUAGACCUUCUUCCGCGCCAGAAAGACAACCACUGAAUAGGAAUGGAUAUCACAGUGGUGACGAAGCCCUUUAGUUGGAAAUGCAGAACUGUAAUGAAUUACUCAGUAACUAUUAGGACUACUGCCUAACUCGAGACUCAAUUUUUAAUUUAUUAUUAUUGUGUAUAUGUGUUUAGUCGAAUACUUUUAGUUUCCGUAACAUUCGAACUCUUAACUUCUAACAUAUCAACUCGAAAGAGUUCAAGCUUUCUCGUUAGUGAUUUUAUAUAAUGCCGAAUAUUGUUUUGUGCUUUCAUCCUUUUUUAUAACUUAUCCAUCCGUAACGGUUCGUCCUGAAGGCCCGGAAAUAUGGCAUUCAAUUUAUCAGCACUCGGUGUGCGCAGACUGGAUUAUUUUAUGAACUUUAUUUUCAAAGAAUCAAAUGUGCCACUCGUAAGCUAGGUUUAUGAAUAAUUUUUGAUGAUAAAAGAUUAUUGUACGUUUUUGUUAAGUCGAUAUGGCCGGACAAUUGUUCAUCCUCUUUCUUGUUGUACAUUAUCUAUUUUUAAAUGAUUAUUUUUAUUAUAUACUUUUUGUUGUUGAAUUGAUGCGAAGAUGAAGUCUGUACGUACUUAUGAUCUAAUUUCUCGAACUGUAUAAAGCUUUACGUAUUUUUGUCCAACGACUCUGUAAAUUAUAACAAUCGAAAAAAUAUUUAUAACAAACUGUGAAUAAAUGACUAAGAUAAUUUAUU